AUGGGCAGAGGAUGUGCAGGGAUCAGAAGUCAAGGCGAUGAAGUGACGCGUGAUACUCGUCAGCCAACCACCAAGCUCUGGGCAGAUGGCAUGAGCGCGGCUCAAGCUCGCAAGGCUCUCUUCGGAAACAACUCCAUGAUGAGCGGCAGCUCCAGAGACAGCCUCGGCCUCGGAGGGAAGAGCGCUAUCUCCAAGUACAUGAAGUUGGCCAACCCCGGAAUGUUCCACUAG